UCCCAAGUCAAGAUAAAGUCUCUCUCUUUUUUUUUUUUACUGAUUUCAAUAUUUUCAUUUUCUCCCCCAUUCGCCCACAGAAAAGCCCAGGAUCUGUCCCUCUAGCUCCGAUUCCGUCCUUCUGGUGAGUUCAAAUGGCAGGAGGUCGAUGGCUUAGACCUGAGGUGUAUCCUCUGUUUGCCGCCGUUGGAGUUGCCGUUGGGAUCUGUGGGUUGCAGCUGGUACGCAACAUCUGCAUCAACCCUGAAGUCAGGGUUAACAAGCACGACAGGGCUGCCGGAGUUUUGGAGAACUUUGCAGAGGGAGAAAAGUAUGCUGAACAUGGUUUAAGGAAAUUCGUCCGCAGGAGGGCCCCCGAAAUUAUGCCAUCCGUCAACAGCUUCUUCACAGAUCCAAAAUGAAUUAAUUAAUAGGCCCUUCACGUUUUAAGUUCUGCAGAAAAUGUUGGAUACAAUGUCUACCAAGUUAUUGUGGCCUGUUUUGAAUGUGUGUGUGUGUGUGUGUGUUUGUGUGUGUGAGAGAGAGUUUGUGUAACAUUUUGAUCUUCUGAAUGUAUUUGAACUAAAAUAAAGGUGGAAAUGGGUUAUACUUAAGCUUGUUUUAUUUGGAAGGCAUCGAGACUUCAUCAUCAGUAUCAUCACUGACUAUUAUUUUUUUUAUUUCAAUGUUAUGUGAAGAUUGCAGCUUGGAAA